CGUGUAGUCUGCUCAGCACCAAUUUGUUUGUUUGUUUUCUGUUUUAUUGUUUUUUUUUGUUUUGUCUUUUAAGAAAAGUUUGAGUGAUUCAAUCAAGUUUGAAGUAGAACGUCGAACGACACCUAAUCAUCCCCUACUUCGACUAGGAGCAAAUGAAAACUAGAUCGUUCUUGUUGUGUAUGCCAGCGGGCCUGACUGGCCGUAGGAGCCUCUAGCCUGUUCCAUACCAGAUCGACGGAGAAACAUAUUUAAUGUUUAAUGAAAAGGAUUGGACUCACAUCAUUGAUGGGAACUGUCAAAGUACGCAGGUAGUGUCGUUGCGGUGCAGGGUACACGACCACGACACGCAAUCGCAUGCUUCUUAACCCCUUUCAUCUUGCUGCAUCAGUGACAUGUCAUGUUGUAAAGGCAGUGUAGAUCCCUCACUCUGUCAACAUGUCCAUACUGCCUCUCCUUCUGACGUGAUCAAGGAAGAAUUGAGUGAAAAAUUUACUUUUGUUAAAAAAGAAUUUCUUCAAAAUAAUCAGAACUCUCAAGUAUCGAUUCCCAUCAAGCAACAAUCAAGUGAUACAACUCAUUCAUGGGAGACUACCCAUCAGCAAGUGUCAUGUAAGAGUGUGUCGUCAAUGAACUGCUGUGGUCAGUUACCAAAUUACUUUGAUGAGGUGGGAUCUAUCGAUGUACAAGAAGAUUUAAUAAACAUAAAAGUUGAUGAAGAUGCACCCAAUGAAGAAUUGGAAUCAAUGUGGGAUAGUUUUGUGCAAAAGUGCCUCAAUCAUUGCACAGGCAGCCUGGCUUUCAACACCAAAUCACCGAAGAAUCCCUGUCAUUGUUCAAUGAUGUUGCUUGUCGAAUGCCCCACUUGUUGGAUGUGCUUCAAAGGUAUCCCAAACUGGAACCGAGGGUUUCAUCCAAUCUCUUUCACCUCUGGAAUUUCAAAUCCGAUAACAAACAAGUUCCUCUCAAGCCCAUCUUUGUUUUGUCAUUUUAAAUUCGACAGUGCCUGCAAGACAAAUUCAAAACCCACACAUUCUUAGGAAAAAUAUUGAUGUUUUGCAAUGUACAUAUGAAAUCAAUGGUGCAUCCUCUGAGCAGUGGUUGUUUUUUCAGAGCUUGGUUCUGUUUAGCUGUACUUAACCAAACGUCUAACAGAUACCAUCAUCACUCCAGUCAUAGACUGGUGGUUAUGAGUUAAUUUGGUGGCUAUGGAAAAUGGAUUCAGCUGCAGUACAUUUGACAAGAGUAGAUUGGACCCAGUCCAGCAACAGCCAUUGGUCAGCAUUCAACCAUGUGAAACCUCGGCUGACCCGCCCAAGCCUCCAGUCUUAAUUAAAUUGACGAUGGAUCCCAACAGAGAAGGAAGACAACUUCUUUUUUGCCAUGUGCUUUUCCUACAUUUGAAAUGAAUGGUUCAUCCUUCCAAGCUGUUGUCGUUUCUUCAGAGCCGGUGCAACGGAUUCUGUUUGGCUGUACCCAAUCAAAUGUCCGACUAAGAUCAUGUGUACUCCUGUCUUUGACAGGUUGUUUUGGGCGAAUUUGGUGGCACGUGGAAAAUGGAUCAGUAGAUUUGACAAGACUGCAUGACUGCCAAGAGUGUGCUCUGCCCUUAUUGGCAGUUGUGGUAACCAUUUUGCUGACACUGUAUGUGGACUGCAUCAGUGGCAGAAAGAUCUAUUUUUGGUAUUUGCUUUCAUGAUGAGUGAUUUAAAGUGGAGAAUUGGCGCAGAAGCAGCAGAAGUAGCAGAAGUAAAUGUCACAGAAGACACCCUUAGAAAUUUUCCCAAUUUCCUUAAUCUUUUAGAGGAAUGUGGCCAAAUCAAGGCCAAGGGUGCUAUCAAGGUUUGCCUGCCUGAAAGUUGUGUUCGAAAAACAUCUUUGGGUGACCUCUUGAGCGGUCUGAUGUUAGAUCAAGCAGCUGUACAAAUGCAAAUUUUUUAUAGACCUGAUAACCUGGUUUUUGGAUACAGAAGCAUUGAGCCUCGUAUAGAAGACUCAUCUGUUUUCUUAAACAAGGCUAAUCAUCCUGCUGCCUACUCAGAAGAUUCUUGCUGCUCUUCCAUGUUUGCCGUACUGGGUACAGAAGCACUCUUUGAUCAUUACUGGAAAAUUCUUGAUGCCUAUGCUGAAAAUGUAUUGAAUCCGAAGGAAAGCAUCAUGGCAGAGGUGGAAAAGUUGCUGGCUGGAAGGGGGUCCCUUCUUGCAAAGUGUAAUGAUAUGAAGUCCAUGGCUGAAGAUAUUUCACCUUUUUUCAAAGCAGAACUGAAACACCACAGCAGACCGAAUGGACUUGGCCACAGAAUAUGCAAUAACUGUGACAUUAGUGGCACUCUGGAAAGUGAUGACCCUCAGUACAAUGGGAAAAGAAAAGAUGCAAUAUUACACUGUGAUGAUAUUAAAUUUAAUGGUGCACCUGUUGAGAUCUUUUCUGGUUUUUCUCUCUCCAGAUUGAACACAAUCUUAAAUUUUCAAUCUGCUAAGUACCCUGGGUUAGCAAGGCCUUCCUUUUAUGUUGGAUCUACGCAUUCAUCAUUUGUGGCCCGUAUUGAACAUGCAUCUUUAUGGAGCAUUAAUUUCCUCCAUUAUGGACACUGGAAAGUGUGGUAUGUGAUACCUCCUGGGUAUGUUGGGCUUGUUGACUUUUAUCUUUCACAAGUGCGACUGGAUCUUAGUCACAGGGCAUGCCGUAACAUUUUAGGUCACAAACAUGCCAUGCUGACACAGCAUUUUUUAGAUAAAUACAGUAUUCCUCACAUAAAGUUUAUUCAGAAACCUGGAGAAUUUGUGAUAAUUCAUCCCAAUGCCAUUCACUUUGGUUUUAAUAUGGGGAACAAUAUUUCAGAAGCUGUUAACUUUGCUACAGUGUCAUGGAUUCCUUAUGGAUUGACUUCACCAACAUGUGCAUGUUUUGGAUCUGAAGAAAUGCAUUUAGAUAUGACUCCUUUUCUUGUAGCCUUUCAACCUGAUCAGUUGAGGACCUAUUUGGAGGGUGGAAAUCUCUUCACCCCUGAGCAGCAUCCAUUUUCACAUGUCUGUGCUAAAUUUUCACAUCCAAGUCCUCCCAUCAAAGAUAGAAAACGUCAGAUUUCUGGCAAACCUGUGUCGGCAUGUAUCAGCUGCAAGGACACUGGUCAACAGCUCGAAAUUUCAAGAACAAAACUGAUUUCACCAAGUAAAUCAAUCUUACAGUGUCCAGCUUGUAACCAGUCUUACAGAGGUGGCAUGGGCCGCCUGAAUCGAUUAUUGACGCACAUCAGACGUCACCAUUCUACGCAGCUGGAACAUCUGGAACAGCUCAUCUUGAAAAAGUAUAAAAAAAAACAACCACAACAGAAAAAAAAUUGUUGUCCAAUAUGCUACAAGCUUUUAUCAGGUUCAGCCUUCCAUUUGAAUGACCAUAUUCGUAGAAUGCAUCAUCCACGUUGAGAUUCAUCUAGGUUAAACUUGAUAGUGAGGGGAGAUCCUUGGCUUUUGUUCUGGGCUUCCGCUCUUUCGAUGCACUCUAUUAAGUUAAAGUUGUAAUUUAUUUGUAACCCCUAAAAUGGCACCAAGACAAGAAGUUAUUUUUAACUUAGUUAAUUAUAUUUCAAAAGAGCAUGUAAAUAGUUUUUAACAAGGUCAUAACUCAUUUUUAAAAAAAUAUUUUGUUAAGUUAUGUAUCUAACGUUCAGAUGUAUGUUAAUUAAUGGGUCUCUACUAAUGUUCAAAUUUGGCGUUCCAAUUAGGAGCCUUGAUGAUUGGUGUCUGUAACUGAGGGCAAAAGCUGAAUCAUCAAGUAUGCCCUAUACAACUUCUAUAGCUUGUAGUAAUAGUUAAAAGAAGGUAUCUGAAGUAGUAUACUUCAAGGGAUUGAGGAAGGAAGUCAAACCAAGGAAGGGUGCUUCACUUCAAUGGCCUAAAAUUGGUUGUGCCCUUCAAAACUUAUCAAUUCUAGGCUUUGGAAAUUUUUAAUGUAGUGGCUCAAGAGAGUUAGUCCCUUUCAUCAUUUGAAUGAUAGAGCAAAGUUCAGGGAUCUUCUUCGCAGCUAAUAGAAGCCCAAACAAGGAUUUUGGCUUACAAUACGAGGAAUUAAACUGAGCUCUGUUCAAAAUUCUUACCAAUAGGUCAGUUUACAAAGGUGUUCGUUCAAGGGAUGCAUAAAAUGUGUCUCAUAUUUUUAAUGAAUUGUUUGUGUAUGUGAAGUGAUCCCCUGUUACAUACCAAGUGCUUCAAGCACUUCUGUUCUUUACAUCAAACUUUCUGUUGCCUCUUGUACUUCUCUGCUAAAUGUUGCUGUGAAUAAAAUAUGAAUAAAGGAUUGGGUUACGAAGCAUAUUUAGUUUAUGUUCCAUGCAUCAUAUCAUCAAACUUCGUAAAUGUGCUGUCUCUGAUCACCCAAUAAAGUGGCGGAUGACAGGGAAGCCAAGAACAAAUUUAAAGUACUCAAUGUGUCUGUGUAGUGCGAGCUGUACCUUUGCUGUGUGACUGCUUUCAUUGUGUUACGUG